GACCUCCGAGGUCCAAUCCAACUGUUACUCUGUUAAAUCUAGCACAAAAUCAUUUUUUUAAAAAAAGCUCAAUAUAAAGGAUGAAGAGUAAAAUAAUUUUUAUGCCCGAAUUAAAAUAAAUAUAUGCAAACCAAAGACUUGGAAAACAAAAUCCUUGCCUAAGUACUGACAAGACCGUAAUUAGGAGUUUAUUAAGUUCUGAAUCGAAUUCUUUCAUAGUUCGGUUGCAUUAUCAAAAAUUUCUAAUAACUAUCCAUGGAGUCUUAUUACAUUAAAAUAGGCCUUUAAUAUUUAUCACCAGGCUGAACAUAUAGCACUUUUCUAAAAAAAAAAAAAAUCACCUUGUGGUUUGACUUUAGCUUAGCGGCACUAUUGCCCGUUCCUUGCAAAUAUUUUUGGGAUUAGAAUGGAAAAUAAUUUUGGUACUUCCUUAAUUAUUUAGGGGAUAAACCAUCAACUGCCGCUAUUAGCUGGCUGUCCAAUUGAAAUCCUCGGAGCCCCGCCUGAAGCAGCCCGGAGUUGAUCAUGACGAAAGCGAUUAUGAUUUUCCUAACCGAUGAGAUCAUACUCAACUUCAUCCUUUUCACCCACUUCACUCCCGAAGCCUUUUCCGCCAUCUUUGCUAAGGGUCGGCAGUUUCCGUACAAUUGCUUUCAACUUGCCGUCGUCACCGCGCUGCCGCACUCGCUCUAAAAGGGAGACCCUCAUCCAAGAUGGCAUCGCUCGUUUCAGCAUCUGAAGGCGGUCCUCAAAUGGCGCCAGCAGCGCUUGCGCGUUAGAGAGCGGCUGUCGGAGAGGGGCCUGGUGAUUGCCAUCGUAUACCUGAGGAGAGAAAGCCUUGAGGUAGUCGCGGCUCUUUCGGCGACCGACGGGUCAUGGAGCCGGAUCUCGUGGAAAGAGAGGGUUGUGAUAGCAGCCACCAUGAGGGAGCCGGUAGAUCUUCCCCACCGCUGAGCGGACUCACUGCCUCUCAGCGGCGGGCCGAGAUUCGCCGGCGAAAGCUCCUGAUGAACUCGGAGGAGCGGAUCAAUCGCAUCAUGGGCUUCCAUCGGCCGAAGACGGAUGAUGAUACUCAUUCAGAAACUAAGCUUCAGCUGGAACAGGAUAAACCAAUUUCCCUUCCUGCUCCUGUUUCCAAACGGGUUGUGCUUGGUGAUUCAGUCUGCAGCUUAUCAGGAAUGGCUGACCACACAAGCAGCUUAGCAGAGCACAAAGGAGAGAAAAUAGACUUAUUUAGCAAAACUCAUGAAGUUGGUAGUGAUGGCAGCAGUGAGCUCCGGCAACGCAAUCGAGGGGAACUGUUGGACGUUCCACAGAGAGCACCACGCCAUGGAUUAGAUCAGUAUUUAUCAAGGUUUGAUGAAGCGAUGAAGCUCAGAAACCAGCUGAUGAAUGAGAAGCCAAGUCAAGAAAAUGGAAGUGUUGUGGAGGAAUUUGAUUCCUUUCACAUUUUUAGAUUGGUGGGCUGUGCACUCCUUGCCAUUGGCGUUAGAGUUUUUGUAUGCAAAUAUUUAUCAAUAUUUGCUCCAUUCCUUACCUUACAACUUGCAUAUAUGGGACUGUCAAAGUAUUUCCCCAAGAGUGAAAAGAAGACAAAAACUACAGUAUUAACUGCUGCUCUUUUACUGUCUGGAAUCCCUGCAGAAGUAAUUAGUCGUUCCAUGGACACUUACAGCAAAAUGGGAGAUGUCUUUACAGACCUUUGUGUUUAUUUCUUUACUUUCAUUUUCUGUCAUGAACUGUUUGUGUUUUUUGGCUCAGAAGUGCCAUGAUAAUAGCUGUGGGAUUCAAUACAUCAGCAGGAUUAUUUAGUCUUGAGUUCAUUCAUACCCCUCUGUAAAUAUACAAACAGGGUUAAAUGUUCAUCAGUUCUUUCUUCUUUCCUAAUUCAGUGUACUUGAAUUAUAGCUAUGAAGGAAAUGCCACAUUCCCAACUAUGAGGGUGAAUUAUUACAGGUUAGGUUUGAUAUGUGUGGUCUCAAACAUGGAAAACAGUAACAAUGUUUCAAAAGUGGGCCUUUCCUGCUACUAAGGAAGACAUUUGUUUUCUCAUUAAUUGCAGUUGCCACCUUUUACUUUAAUAUUUCUCGUUGGACAUGAAACCCCAAGACAACUGAGGUGUUGUGUGGUUGACCGAAUUACAUUUUAUGGCUUUGUUCCAGAAUUCUUGUUUGUAGAACUUACAUUGAAGCCCCUGUUAAAGAAAAGGUGGGAAAGCUAUUUUGGCCAGUUCCUCCAUUUCAUGUGCCCCUCAAAACACUGGGAUAAGUACCCUCUGCAACAUCAUAUAAAAUGGCACAGACAGUUGAAGGGGAUAAUAGGUAAUGCUUCUCUUUCUUCCUCCCAUCAGAAGCCCAUGCUUGAAUCUUGAUCUUUUCCACAAAUGGAAACGGAUCUACUGUGAAUCCAACCAGAAUUAUCUUUUAAGGUUAUUCCUCUGUGUUAAUGUAUACCACUUCAAUAUACUAGUUCAUAUUUUUGAGCAAGUGGCAUAUGCUGAUAAAAAUGCUGAUAAACUUCAGAAGUUUCUGGUUUUAGGAAUGUAAUUAGACUGGGUCAAAUUGUUUUUUUGUCUUCAUUACAGGUGGUAAUGUUCUGUUAAUAUAGAAAGGUGAAUUUAAUAACAGCAGCGCAAUCUAACUUAACAUUUAUAUACGUUCCCAUUUGAAUUGAAAUCUUGCUGUUGUUUACAUGAAUUUUGAAUAUGCUGCAUUAAAUGGACACUGCAGAUUGAAAAACUGGUCUUUGGAUUAUUAGCCCUUUGAGUAGUUAAGUGUCACCAGUUUUAUUCAUCUCUGACUUUUCAGUCAAUCUUAGAUUUUUUUUCUUUGUACUACAAGUUAUGUCAAGCCUCGGUAUCUUAUUCCAUAUAUUUUCUUUUCAAAAAUAUGUGCAUGUGAUGUUUAGCAUCUUUACCUAAACACCAAGGUAUAUUGCAGCUCAAGUAGGUGCAAAUUAGUAUUUUACCCCAAUGUUAGUCAAGUGUUUAAUAUGCAUAAUAUUUUAGAAAACAGCAAAGAAUACAGUCUGUUUAUAUUAGAAUGCUAAUUUAAAAAUAUAUCAUAUAAAUUGGUUCUUAUAAACACAUCUGAAAACAAUUACUUGAAGUAUCUUUCACUAAACUUAGCAAAGAUGUUCCUUUUUGAAAUAUUUUAUUUCUUGGCCUUCUCCACAGUCAAGCCUUAACAUAGUUUUAAAAUUGGUAGCCUUUUUUGUUUUGUAUUUAUACAAGCAAUUUACCACAUGUUUUCAUCUCACAUUAUGUAGCCAAUCAUAAUGACUAUAAAUCAUAAAAUAUGGCAGACUUUAUUAGUUGAUCUUAAUUUGCAUUAGAUUUUAUGACUCCGUUACGAGCUGAAGAUGUGUCAUGUAUUUGCAAUCCUUUCUUAUAUUACAGUUCUUCCCUACAUCUUGUCACUUACAUAUAUGUAGCCCAUUCUCAGUACCCAUAAGUGGUUCUGUCUUCCAAAGAUUUGAAAUUAGGAUAGAAAUUAUACAGUGGAAUAUUUUUAUUAUUCUAAAAAAUUACAUUAUUUUUUUCUUGGAUUUUAAUUUUUGAAGUGUCUGCUGUCAGGUAGCUUGACUUAACUGGAAAUUUCCUUUGCUUUGUCUAUGAUUAUUACAGAUAAUUUAAUUUUACAGACUAAAGACACGGUUGGGUUUUUAAAUAUCUGAUAGAAAGUUAAAUUGGUUUUUCCUUUAUAAUGGACUCAUAAGUUUCCUUACAUUAUAAUUUCAGUGAUUGCAUUUACUGAACCAAAUUUUACCACUGCUCAAUGGAAAAAGUGUUUUGGAGAGUAAGUCAUGGCUGAAAUACAUAGAAAGAAAUGGGCAUGUUUUGGCAAUGCAGUCUCAUUUAAUUUAAAAAAUAAAUUUGUCUCUUUACAACAUGAACUAUGAUGGAAAUACUACCUUGGAAAAAGUCUAUUUUUAAGUUUUUACUCUGCACAUUUAAUUUUUCUAAAUUCCUAUAAUUCCUAUUUUUGAUGAUGGACCUUCAAAUAUUGAUAAAAUAGCAUAAAUCUAAGAUCUUGUUUGAUAUAUUUUUACUUCGAAAAGCAGAUGUAAAGUAUACAACUAUCAAUCCCAACUCUUGAUAUUUUGAUAGUAUCUCAGGCAUUUUUGCCCAAUGCCUGCCAUGGUAAAUAUGGUCCAUUACAAAAUUUCAUUUCUGACAGUGAAAUCUUAUCCAAGACCCAGGUACAGGAUAAAGUGUGUUUUUGGAUAGUGAUUCUAGAAGAUGCACUCAUUCCACAGAAGAUAAAACAGAUAAAAAUAAGAAAAUUAAUGGCCAACACAUUAAGAUGGAAAUCUGCAUAUUUUUCCCAAAUGCCUACUCCAUAAAAACAAAAAUUUUGAUGUUCUAAAACCCACCACUACAAAACAUUUAUUCACCCAUCUACACUUUUUUUUAAGAAAAAGGGGUAGAAAACAUGUCAUAAACAAGAUUUGGGUUUAAAAAAAAUCAAAUCUAUAGGUACCACAUUGAAAAAUGUGUAAAAUAUCCUCUUAAAUGUGGCUCCUUUCUAAGGAAAUUGCUGGCAUCACUAUAUUUGCAGGUUUUUUGGCAUCCUUAUUUUUAAUAUAUUUUACGUAUUUAAAUGCAAAUAGGAAAAUCAUUGGGCAGAGAGCCUGAUAGUUUAAAAGUAAAUUUCUCCAAGCACAAUGAAGAAGCAGCUCUCCUGUGCUGUCUAAAAAUACGUAUAUGAUGAAAAUAAUAAGCUGCUUUGUGUGUUUCCUUUUCCACAAUUUGGACUUUCUUUGUAAAAAUAUCACAUUGUUGCAAUUGUUGCAUUGAUUCUGUUAAAUGCAUUGAAGCUAUAUAUGUUACAAUUAUUUAUGCUUUGGUAUUACUUGAAUAUACAUUAAAAUGUCUGCAAAGAUCA